AUGGUGGCUUUGUAUCUGCCGUCGUUCUUGAGCGGGGCCCAGAAAACUGGCAAGGGAAACGUGUGGGAAGCCUUGCGCACGUCCAGCGUUUGGGGGCUCAUGAACAAGUUCCUUCGCAUCAAGAUCAUCCGCGAACAGGAGCUGGACCCCAACAAGCAGUUUAUCUUUGGGUUCCAUCCGCACGGAAUCCUCGUGCUCUCCCGUCUCGCAAUCUUUGGCCGAAACUUCGACGAUGUUUUCCCUGGGAUCAAGAAUCGGCGUGGGUUUCCUUUUAUUGGAGAUGCUGGCCACUCCAAGAAUUGCCACUAA